GAGGAGGAGUCCGCGCCAUGGCUGCCGCCGCCGACGCCGCCGGCUGGAGCUACCGCGGGGGUCCGCGGGACGAGCAGAGCGCGCUGCUGGCAUUGGUGAGACCACAGCUGGAGUAGUGCGUCCAGUUCUGAGUGCCAUACUUCAAGAAUGAUGUGGAGAAGCUUGGGAGAAUCCAGAGAAGAGCCACUCAUAUGAGGGAAGGCUGGGAGAUAUGGAACUGUUCAGCAUGAAAAAGCAAAGGCUUCGGGGGGAUUUGGUGACAGCUUACAAAUAUAUCGGUUCAUUUUUCAAAUGGGAGACUGCAGAAUUCUGAAGACAUGAAUUUCACAUUGUACAAAAGCAAAGAUACUACUAAUCCCAGAAAGAAGCACAGGAGAAUCCUGACUUCAGAGACCGAAAGGCUUUCUUACGUGGGAAACAACUUUGGCACGAGCGCCUUGAAAUGUAACUCCCUGUGCAAGUACUUUGUUGGUGUGCUAGACAAGGACUCUGGACAGAUGGAAGUUUAUAAUGCAGAAUUGUUCAAUAUGCAGCCACUGUUGUCAGAUGAUGUAAUAGAAGAUGACCUAUCAGAUUAUCAAAGUAAAUCCUACAGAGAGAAGGUGGAUUCAUGCAUUGAAGCUUUUGGUUCCAACAAGCAAAAACGAGCCCUGAACUCUCGAAGAAUGAACCAAGUUGGCAAUGAGACUUUAAAUAUGGCUGUAACUAGAGCAGCAGAAAACAUCAUUGGUGCAAAGGGUGUAGCUACUUUGGUCAGUGAUGCAGCUCAGGACGAUGUGGAGGAGGUCUCUCUUUUCCUGCCUCCAUGUCAUGAAGAGGCUGACAAACCAGAGAACGUCUACAGAUUUGAGGACCUCAUCUCCUCUGCUGAAUAUGAAGCCCUGCAGGCUCCAGCUGCAGCUCUUACUAAUCUUACUUCUGAAGAGAUCCUUAAGAAGCCAGAAGAAGAGAGCCUCUGUUCCUUUGUUCUAGAAGAACUGAAGUCUAUGCCUGUAGAUGAGAGCAGCCGAGACCAUAAGGCACGGUGCCUGUGGUUCCUGGAUACCCUUAUCAAGUUCAGUUACAAAAAGGUGAUUAAGAAGAAAUGUCCGAUGGGGCCUGACUGUCCACGCAUCAUUAACAAAAAACUCAUGAAAAAUUUCACUGCACUAACGUACAACAGUGGCAGGAUCCAGAAUUUAAUCUCUGCUUCGAUGAAGGCUAAAAUCACAGCAUAUGUCGUAGCUCUGGCCUUGCACAUUAACAAGUUCCAGAUAGACCUGACACUCUUACAGAGGGACAUGAAACUCCAUGAGACCAGAAUGCUCGAUAUCGCUAAAGCCAUGAGGCUGAAGAUCUCCAAAAAAAAGGGACUUUCUGGACUUGGAGCUGAUGAGGAUCACAAAUUUGGCACCCUCUCUCUGCCCUUACCCUCCUUCAAACCAUCUGGGGGCCAGAGGAAACGCAAGAAGAUGGACUAAAGAAUGUGGGGUGCAACUGAAAGGACACAGCAGGAGAGAGACUCGUUCUACUGGCCUGUUACUGCUCUGAGAUUAGGAUCUCUUGUCUGUUCACUGGCUCUUACUCCAUUUGAACUACACAAGGCAAUUUCUAAUAAUGGGUCUGGACUGACAUUCUCAUUAAACAGUCUUUUUAAAAAGCAAAAUGAAACAAGACACUCAUUCCUCAUUCCUAUACAAACACUUGCAGGAAUAUGGGGCAGAUAGGAGUGAGGAGAAAAUGGGAUGGUUUGACUUGGACUUCCCCUCCUCCCCACCACCUCAGCCAACUGGGCUGCUUUUAUCUCAUGAACUUCUAGUAUCCCAUGAUCAGCUGUAACCCAGUUAGGCCAUGCUAAGGUUAUGGGCAAAUGUAGCUUGGGACUGUCUUACUAAAUACAAAUACAGACCUUCUAAUCAGAGUUGCUGCUCUUUCGCUCAUGAUGGCUGUGGCUGAAAACAAAGGGUUUGAUAAAUAUUAAAUGGAAAGUGACUUUACUGGUAGGAGAGAGGCCAAAGGCCGGAUAGGCAAGACCCUUAGUUUGUCUGUCAUAUCACUUGUUUUUUGUCUGAAUGUUAUUGUUGCUAACAUGGAGAUGCUUCUGACAUCUUUUGAAUUAUUGAAGAUUAGUGCUUUUUUAACCCUAAUUGAAUACUACCCAAGUCAUUCUUCUACACCAAAGCACCAAACAAAAAUGUGACAGCUUUUCUCCUUCAAAUAUUACCAAAUGGAUAGUAUUCAAAGAGGGGAACCAGAUGGAAAAAGAAUAGAGGAAUUGCACAGGGGCAAAAAUGUUUGUCUCUUUGUUCAGAAUUGCCAUUGAUGCCAUGUCUGCCCAGUCAAUUAGAAGGGUGCAUUGGUUUAUAGUAUGCUGAAGUCAUUUCUAUAGGAUGGUGUUCAAAAUCAGUGAUUGAUGUAGCAUCAUCAGGGGAAGUACAGUCUCCUGCUGCACUAGGAAAUUUUGGUGUGUGCAUGCCAGAGACACAGAGGCAGAUAUGGAAAGUGAGCAGAGAGCAAGUCCACACAAGUUAAUUACCACAUUUGUGAAAUAUUUCAGAUAUCUGUGGUAGCAGUGCCAGGUGUGCCUGUCCUGUGCUCCAGUCUCCUAUUCCACACACAAAACAAAUGUGCUCUUGUAACUUUAGUUCAACCCACCCCUUCCUCACCAUCUUUACAGAAGAGAUGGGAAAUAUCUGAGUUAAUGCCUGGAAUAGUGUUUAGAAAGAUGGAGUGAAGUUCAAAUGGUAAACAGCCCUUGGCUGGGUAUUAAACUUAUGUCAUGGAUAUGUAAUGCAUGAAGACAUAACUUGCAUGAAACCCCAAUUCACAGUGGAUAAGCCAGUAGCCCCUUUAUCCUGACCUCAUGUAAGUAUCUGGUGUAAAUAAUUUCCCCCUGCAGCAGGAAUCACUGGGAGGAGUUCUCUGACGAGUUGUGCAGGUGGUCCAACAAAAUGAUCAAUUGGUCCCUUCUCCCUUUAGAAUCUGUGGAAGGGAAAAGGGUUCACUGGAGUGAAGAUGAAUGAAACCUCACAAAUCUCUACCCCAAGGGUCUUUGUUCACAGGUUUGUUUCAAGGUCCUGGAAAACAGCAGCUGAAUCGCUCCACUGCAGAGUCAUCUGUUCUUCUCUGCAAGAGUGAAGCAUGUUUUCUCCUCAUAGCAGAUACUUGCUUAAUUGAUGACAUGCAAAGCAAGCAGAAGGAUUGAAAACAUGCCUUUGAACCUUCAGCAGAGAAAGCAAAACUUCUACUGUGGAAUAAGUUAAUUUCUGCCCGUUUUCUUAUUUAUUGAGCACUGGGGCAUCUACAAAAAAGGCUUUUAGGGCCAUAUUUCAGUACCUCUGAAUAACCUGAUUUUCAGAAGCAACACCAAUUGAGUUCAGCUGGGACUAUGUGCAGGGCUGGAUUCAGAAGACUUUGGGCCUCAGACACUUUAACAUUGCCCUGUAACAAGAUGCAUCUGUUUGAAAAUUUUACAAUUUUGUCUUAAGCAAGGCUUUUGGGAUCUGGGACUCUGGAAAGGCUCCAGAUUGUGCCCAAAAAUAAAAGCUAAUGAAAAACCAAAGAAGCAGGAACAGCAUUUGGCAGACAGAGCAAAUUUCUUUUAUUUGCUGUUAUGUGUUUGCUUCAGAGUGACUCAGACCCCUGACGCCCACGUACAAAAUCUCCCGGGAUCUGAUGUAGCCUUUUAUUGCUCUCUUCUGCAAGUUCUGUGAACAGCCAGUCAUUAAAAGUGAUAAAAAACGUACCCAAGUUUCUGGGCUAAUUAAUGCCACAGAGAUUAUGGGUUGAGGAUGAUCGAUACCAAGUUUUUGAUUGAAGGUCCAUAACUGCUACUGGGGAAAGCCUAAUUGGGGAAAUGUAGAAGACUUUUAGAUUCAAGAUGGCAACAGGGUUAAUUAGCUCUUUUAAUGACUCUACUUGGAGCUUGUUCUGAUAAUGAGGAAGCAAGGAUUAAAAAAACAACAACUUGGGUUA